CAUUAAUUUGUACUCGCACAAGAAUGUGUAGCAUAAAGAUUUAGUUAGAUAAAUAUCUAUUUUUGUUUUUCAAUUUUUGCGUUACAACCGACAACGAUUGCUAGUCAGUCAAAUACUUAAAUCGUAGUUGACAGUUGUAUUAUACUGUUUUUUUAACAAAAAAAAUUAAAAUGGUUUAUGACGAAGUUCUCAAAGAUAAGUUCAAAAGAAGAAAAAUUGUAAAAACAAAGAAUAAACUCUCAAAAUGUCUGGCGUCGUCAAUACCCAUUGAAAUUCGAAAAGACACUUCGUUAUUAAAAUACUGGCGUAAAAGGUUUAGGUUAUUUAGUAAAUUCGAUCAAGGAAUUAAAUUAGAUCGAGAAAGCUGGUACUCAGCAACACCUGAAAAAGUUAGCCGUAUGAUUGCUAAAAGAUGUGCAUGUGAUUUAAUAGUGGACGGUUUUUGUGGUGCUGGAAGCAAUACUAUACAAUUUGCACUCACUUGUAAAAAUGUUAUAGCAAUAGAUAUUGAUCCUGUGAAAAUUGAGCUGGCACGCAACAAUGCAGAGGUUUAUGGAGUGUCGAAUCGAAUAGAAUUUAUUGUUGGCGAUUACUACACUUUAGCUCCAACUUUGAAAGCCGAUGUAGUGUUUUUAGCUCCUCCGUGGGGAGGUCCAACAUAUAUAGCCCAAAGAAUAUUUAAUUUGGACAACAUUAUGUUAGAAAACGGUGGCGGGAAACAAUUAUAUGAAGCAACUCGCAAGAUUACAGAAAAUAUUGCAUAUUUUUUACCAAGAAAUAUUGAUGAACAACAGUGUAUUCAACUAGCCGGUGAGGGUAAUCUGGUUGAGUUUGAAAAUAAUUAUUUUGACAAGAGAUUAAAUUCCAAAACUGUUUACUAUGGAAAUUUAGUUACAAGCUGUGACAAAUAAUUUUUAAUCGUUACCUUAUAUUUUUAGUUAUGUAUGUAAUGAGUUUUUUUUUUAUUUGUUUCCUUUUAUAACUUUUAAUUUGUUAAAUAAAGCUUAAAUACUGAAAACUACAUUUAAAAACAUAAGUUGCAUUUAUACGCAUAGUUGUAGUAUAUUUAAUGCAUGUAUAUUUUUUUUCAAGACAAGUAACAUAAAUAAUCAUACUUAAUAUUGUAUUAACAAUAAUUUUAUAUCUUAACAUCAGUAACAAUUUGGGCAUUAUAUAAAAUCAACAAAAUGAUAUGUAUAUGUUAAU